AUGCUGUUGCUGUGCACCCGGAUGUCAACUCUCAAAGCGGAGCUGCUCCGGCACUUGUCCUUUGUGAUGCUUCACAUAACAGAUUACCUCACCAACAUCCUGACAAUGGUCAUCGUUUGUCUUGUGGAUCACCCACGGUAUUUUUACGUGCUCCUCCUAUCGCAUCUGAUCAUCGGCUGCUUCUGCACUUACACGGCUUCAACACGGCUGGACUGGAAGAGAUGGUGCUGUGUUCCCUUCAUCAAUUUCUUCCUCAUGGUCAUCUGCAUGGGUCUGAUGCAGGGCGUGCAGCUCUAUAUGGCACACGAGGACUAUAUGAAGAGGAGAGCUCGAUCUCUAGAUGUGGAGUCCAAUUUAUCGGAACUCCGAGUACCUGCCAUGAUGCCGGCCAGGUUCCACAGCAAGGCUAUGGAUGGCUUGCUUGAGGGUUCGGUCUUCGCGUACGUCUCCAUGUACGCAUUGAUCAAGGACCGUUGGGCUGAGCCGCAAUUCAAUCCCGUGCAGCUGGAGGAGACUUGGUAUACGCCGUGCCUGUACAUAGGUGCCUUCUGCAGCAUCAUCAACGUUGGUCUUGCUUUGGUGGAGAUCGACCAUCGAACAUCUGCCUGCGUUCAGAACGUGCUGGACGAAACGGCGAUCGCAUCGUCUAGACACCUCGCGUUCCGUGCUGCGGAGUUUUCAAUGCGACUGCUAACGAUGCUGGCUUUUUGCACCUUCAUGCGUCCGCUACACUUUUGGUGGAUAGCAUAUGUGCUGGUUGCCGCAGACUACUUGUUCGGAGUAGCACUUCUGGUCAUUCUGGGAGGUCGUGAUCCUGUGCGUGAGGCCUCUGUGGUGCUGGGCGUGCCCCUCUUCAUGGUAAACAUCAUGCAGUUUGUGGACGCACCUGGAAUGAGUUUGCAGGCUCGUCAGAUCUCGGAGAUCAUGUUUCCUCUCAGAACUGCUGAGCUGAUCGGGGUUCUACUCUUUUGCGUGUUAUGCCCGGCGCAGAUCAAGGUUGUUGGAGAACAUGAGGAGCUUAGCAUGCUUCACUUCAUACUGCGCCUGCAUCCGUCUUGGGCUGUUUGCUGGGCCGCCAGUGUGGUGAUUUACUACCUGCUCUUCGCAACCUAUGCUGCCAGGACAAAGCCGGGAGCAGAUCUUCACAGCGCCGUCGCAUAUGGUGAAGUGGAAGUUCUCCGUCGAUUGCUGCGUAGCUCAGAACUGGUUCUCGACAUUUCCCGCUUUGGACCAGAUGGCAGAAAUCCACUGCACUUGGCAGCCAGGAGGGGUCAGGUGGAGUGCAUGAAGCUGCUCGUAGAGGAGAAGGCUGAUCUACAGGCCCGGACUGGCAACAAGCAGCAGCACAUGGCAUUACAUCUGGCCGCCAUGAACAAGGCUCCGGAUGCUGCCCGGUUCCUAUGCCAAGUUUGCAGAGGUGACCCGCAACUGCAGAAUGCUGGCAAUGCUGACGGUGACACACCACUUCACAUAGCCGCCAGAUUCCAGAAUGUGGAAGUGCUUCGCGAGCUGCUGCGGCAUCCGGGUGUAGACGUCAGGAGCCUGAAUAAACAGGGGCUGGCACCGGCCGAGUGUGCUCCUUCGGACAAGUUCAGCUUCGACCAUGACAGCGCAGAGUGUGCCAUAGCCGACAUGCUACGAGCUGCAGAGGCCAGAAGCAGACAAGCGCCCAGAAACGGUGAAACUGUUUCGUCAGAGGCAGCUAGGUCGUCAGCAGUGUCUAAGGAAGACUCGCUGGAGCUUUCAGAUCUGAAUCUGAACCCAAGGGCAUCCAGCAGCAACGCGCCAGCUGCAGAGCAGGUGGUGCCCCCGGAAGACGAUCCGAGGCAGCCAAGCUCGCAAAACGUGCCUCUUGUGUCUGUGGGACGCGAAGCGGAGGAAAAUUUCCUCAGGACACAUCAAGGCGCUGGCAUGCCGCAGCAGUCUGUUGACGCUCCACUGGCAGUCACGAACUGCGGUCUCUCUUCUUUCAUGUUGAGUGCAGGUCUCGGAGCGGUCAGCAGAUUCUUCCUUGGAUCCAUAGCCGAAGAUUCGGACAAAGGCUUUAAUGGCUCUGAGGCAACAACCGUCAGCAUUGAGGAUUUUGCUGAGAUGCGCAUGCUGGGAGAAGGCGCCUUCGGCAAGGUCGUUCUCGUCCGCCACAAAGAGACCGGUGAGCUCUAUGCCAUGAAGACCAUGGACAAGGCGAAGUUCAAGGCUCAAAAGAUCACCAGCAAAGCUCAGAGCGAGCAAUUUAUCCUGAGAACUACAAGGCACCCCUUCAUAGUGCAGCUUCACUUUGCCUUUCAGUGCUCAUACUUUUGGGCACUUGUCAUGGACUUCUGUCCAAACGGCGACCUUCAGGGCUGUCUCGCAAAAUACGGUGUGCCUGGACUCCGCUUGGAGGAUGCCGCUCGCUUCGCUGGGGAGGUGCUUCUCGCGCUAGAACAUCUUCACAGCAUUCGGGUGAUCUUUCGCGACCUCAAGCUUGAGAAUGUGGUUAUUGAUUCCAACUUCCGAGCCAAGGUCACGGACUUCGGUCUGGCCAAGAAGCUGUAUGCUGGAAGCGAUGCCAACACCAUGUGCGGAUCCUAUGGCUAUGCAGCUCCUGAAAUCAUGCUCAACACUGGCAGAUACACUUACGCAGUGGAUCUCUAUUCCUACGGCGUCAUGUUGUACAUGCUCGUGAGUGGUGGCGAGACCUCACAGCGAAAUCCAAUGCAGAAGACGAGGCUGCCUCCCAAGACCCAUGGGCAGCUGAAGAAGAAGCUCAGGGAUUCGGAGAAGGAUGUCGCGCUGCUUUGGGCCAGGCCAGCAUCAGCUGUGCUGCCGCUACUCAAGAUGCUUACGUCCGAGAACCCGUUGGAGCGCACCAACUCGACGACUUUGAAGUCCAACACUUUUUUCGUGAAGCAUUUGCCAGGGCCUGUAGAGGCCUUGCUCGAAGAGAGGAAGUAUUCUCCUCCACAGCAGUAG